UGAGCACUUAUCUCACAACUUUAUUACUACACCCUCUCUACUCCCACACACACCCCUCCCCCACACCCCCCUCCCCUCACUCGUAGAGUUGCAGGAGGAGCAAAGAUGGGUUCAGUCUCACUCAAGAUCGGUGACGGAACAGCGAGAUUCAAGAGAGCAACACUCUGUUCUUCCGCAGUAAACCUCCUCAUGCUCUUCUCAGUCCUCACAACCAACCUCUUCGCUCUCUACGCCUUCACAUCAUCCAAAUCCCACCCUUUUCACCAAACCCACAAAAACAUCUCCCUCAUUUCAGAACAAGUCUCACUUAUCCUGAGAGAAAUAGAUUCUUCCCAAAAGAAGCUGGUCCAGAUGGAAAAACAGCUUCUGGGCUACGAAAGCAUCGAUCUUUCUCGACCCAAUAUAGCAAACGAGCUCAAGAUCUUCCUCCAACGCCACCAGCUGCCUCUGGGGAAAGAUUCAAGAACUGGGAUCACUGAAUUGGUGGCUUCUGUGGGCCAUUCUUGUGAGAAAUCAGUGGAUUUGUUGUCUGAGUAUAUGAGUUAUAAAGUCAAUGGGCUUUGCCCUGAUGAUUGGAGCCUUGGUCAGAAGCUGAUUUUGAGAGGGUGUGAACCUUUGCCUAGGAGGAGGUGCUUUGCUAAGGUAAUUCCUAAAAUGGGGUUCUUGUCUUUUCCUGUUUCUCUUUGGCAUAAUGUUAGUGAUAAGGUUUUGAGUUGGAGUGGAAUUGGGUGUAAGAGUUUAGCUUGUGUGAAUGGUAAGAAACUGAGUAAAGAUUGUGUUGGUUGCUUUGACUUGGGUAAUUGGAAUGAGAAUCAAAGGUAUGUUAAGGCUAGAGGGAAGAAUGAUUUCCUUAUAAAUGACGUGUUGAAUUUGGGAAGCGGUGGGAUCAGAAUUGGGUUUGAUCUUGGUGGUGGGUCUGGCACAUUUGCUGCUAGAAUGGCUGAGAGGAAUGUUACCGUAGUCACUGCCACACUGAAUAUCGAUGCCCCGUAUAGUGAGUUCAUCGCCGCUAGAGGACUUUUCCCUCUGUACUUGAGUUUGGAUCACAGGUUUCCAUUUCACGAUAAUGUGUUCGAUAUAGUUCAUACAGGAAGUGCAUUAGAUGUUGGGGGUCGACCGGAGAAGUUGGAGUUCUUAAUGUUUGAUAUCGACCGGAUUUUGAGGGCUGGUGGGCUGUUUUGGCUGGACAACUUUUCUUGUGCUAGUGAUGAAAAGAAAAAUGCUUUGACGCGGUUGAUUGAGCGAUUCGGGUAUAAAAAGCUGAAAUGGGUCGUGGGAGAGAAGAUUAAUGGGGGAGAGAAACCUGAGGUUUAUUUGUCUGCUGUUCUACAAAAACCAGUAAGAGUAUGAUGGUUAUGAACUUGUAUUGGCACCUUCAUUGCUAUUUGUAGUUUUUGUCAAACAUAA